GCAUGGCAUUUACAGGAGUGAGGUCAUCAGACCGGUUGUUGCCACCCUUGUGAAUCCUGAGAAUUUUCUUGUCUUGAAAUCUUGGACUGCUCGUCGCAGAACAAAGAGCGAUGAAAAGGAUGAUACCUUGGACACCGCACAAGUUUCUCGAAAACGAAAGAUAGAAGAAGACCCAUCAGAAGCAGCCUCACCAUUCAAACGUUCCGAUGCCGCAAAAAAACUGUGUGCACAGAGAGAUCAGGAAUCCUGUAUUGUGACCAAUGCUGGCGAACCCAUCGAGGUUUGCCACAGUUUCCCUUUUACCAUGGGGAAACCGAGCAGCGAGGCCCACUCUGUGUUCUGGGGUAUUUUGUCAGCGUUUUGGACUCAGGAGCGAAUAAAUGAGUGGAAACAACAGAUUAUCGGAGACGAAAGAACAGAAGUAUGCCAAAACCUGUUGACACUGUGCCCCAAUGCGCACAGACUCUGGGGACGAGGUCGUUUUGCCUUUCAGCCUGUGAAUCUUUCUGAAGAUCAGAAAUCCCUUACACUUCAUGUCUUCCGGCUGCCGACCAGACAAUUUGCCAAAAGAAUGAGCAUCUCCACCCAGCCGUCUCUCCCCCCAGCCUUGGAAUCAGGGCCAAAACAUGCAAAGCUGUUUGAUUGUCUCUCAGAGAUAAAGAUUUGCUCAAGCCAUGGGAUUACUAUGACCACUGAUGAUCCUCUCAACAGGCCCUAUGGAGCACUCACUGAUUAUCACAUUGAGAUUAUGUUACUUUCCAUGAUAUCUAUGGAACUUCUCCAAAUGCGAGGGACUCUGAAUCGACCCGUCGCAAUAAGUGGAGCCGCCGAUGUGGACGAUGACGAGCUGGAUGAUACUGAGGAGGAGGAGGAGGAGGAGGAGGAGGAGGAGGAGGAGGAU